UAAACAAGUUUGCAUAGAAUCAUGAAUAUCAUUGCUUGUUGUGGUUGAAGAUGGAACUUCGACGUUUUACCCAACCAAGUGCCACAAAACCUACUCAUACAACUGUGAGUAAUAGUGAAAUAGCCAAAUGGAAUAUAUUGGAUCGUCCACUUACACGAAGUAGAGAGGAACUAUAUUUGUCCACGUUUUCGUUUCUCUUCGCAGAAGCAGUGCAAUAUUUACAAACAAGAGUCCAACAAGUAUCAGAAUUAGAAGAGAAACUCAAUCAACUAGGCUAUCGAGUGGGACAACGAGCUCUUGAACUUUUAUGUUUCCGAGAAAAGUUGAAUCGCAGAGAAAUACGACUCGUUAGUAUUCUUGGAUUUAUACGAGUUCAACUUUGGAAGUUUUUGUUUAAAAAGUCUGCAGACUAUUUAAAGAAAGUAACUGAUCGAGAAGACGAGUAUUAUAUAGAAGAAGAAGAACCUUUGGUGAAUCGUUAUAUAAGUGUUCCCAAAGACUUUGGUCAAUUGAACUGUGCAGCGUUCAUGGCAGGAAUUAUAAGAGGUGCUCUCGAUAGUGCAGGAUUUACUGCUUCCGUAUCUGCACAUUAUAUUCAUCGAGAAGAGAAGAGUCGACUUGCUUUCACCGUAACUAUUUUUAUGAUUCGAUUGGAUGAGAGUGUGAUGAAUAGAGAACGUAAACUUGCGGGUUAAAUGAGUAUUGGCAAAGAAGGAAUAUGGAUCAUUUUGUUAUUAUUUUGUUCAAAAGUAGUGGGAAAGUGGAUCAUAUUGGUUGGCCAACUAUCACCUCCUUGUUCCUUGAUAAAGUUUGUAACUCUGUGUUAUGAUGCACGUUGUACUCUACUUCCAGUGUCAGAUAAGUCAAGUUUUUCCACUGCAGUGGACAUCCCUUUUUCAACCCAAGUUGUUGUACUACAAGCAACAGGCUGUGAACUUGUGUACAAGGAGUUGCUAACUUGGAAUCGUUCCAUUGUGCUUGAUGACUCUUUCGAAGUCACUAGGAAUAUUUUGGUUGGUGCAGUACAACAAGUUGGAGCUCCUCAACCA